ACCUAUAUCAUAAUAUAUUUAUAAUUGAUUUCAUUAUAUUUGCUAGGUGUUUUUUAUGGUCAUUCUGUAGGCUAGGUUAGUUAGAUCACGUGGAGCCACUGUCUCUCGGAAGGUUGUUUCACCUGGCCGGUUACGGUUCCACUUGAUCGCCAUGAGCCAGGCUCAUAGGCUGGUUCCCGCUUGCUACCCACCUCGGUGGAGUACGUCUUUCCUCAUCCCUCUCCCGGGAUACCUCAUGACUUAUGUUCUUUAGAGACUAAGCGGGAAACAGUUAUAUUGUAGUGGUCGCGUAAGCUCGUUUGCCACAGAUGGUCGCAGCCGUAGUCGCUCCCGGCUCCUUACGGUUGGCUUCCGGUUGAGCCGGGAAGGUUACGGAUUGCAUGUUAGGUUUACUUCAGACGUGAUUUCUUCGUUUAUUUCAUUCAAUUUUGUUACAAUAGAACUAGCAUACAAUAUGAUGUAUAGUAGUUAGUUGAAUUUGUAUAUCCAGACUCACGUAUAUUACCGUGAUCUGAAGUGUAGGCUAACUAUAGAAUAACACAAAGUAAUCAUAAAUUGCAAUUGAAUUGAAUUUUGUCCAUUAUUGUCAUAAUUUUUAAAGGUUUCCGGGGCUGGCGGGAGUCGAUAGAACUCUUCCCUCCUUAAAAACCUUAACCGAUCAUAUGUCCUACCCUGGUAGACGUUCUAGACCCUUGGGUCAUAUUCAGUUGGCUUCCCGGAGCCAACGGGAGUAAUUAAUUUUAUUUUAACAAUUGUUAUCUUUAGAUUUACAUUCCCGGCACUGACGGGAUAAUAUAAAGCUUAUUUACGACAAUAAUAAGUACAAUGAAUGAUCAUAAAUUAGUAUUAUACAAAAAUUUUGUAUUCACCUAGAUAUUAUAGCUUCAGUUAAGCUUAAUUUUAAGAACCCGGAGCCUCCAGUAAUCCUAUUAUGAUACUCAUGUAUCAUUUAAAUUAUAGGUAGUACGAUGUCAGAUGACGGCUUGUGCAGCGGGGUUACAACAAGCUUGUGGACAUGAGGUCUGCCGAUCUCAUGCUCCGUGUGCAGUCCAGGUGGACGAUUUGAUGGUGUGGCACCCGGAUGCGUGUGAGACUUGCUAUGAGCUAGUUUCAAAAUUGACCGUGGAUUCGACCCCUCAGGCCACUAGGAGUUCCGCCUUGUCGACCCUCAAGAUCUGGGUUGGUGGGUUUGCCAGGAAUGUGAAGGCUAAGAAACCGUACAUCCUGUCAGAGGAGAUGUGCAACCUGAUCUACCCCAACGCCAAGAUUUCGGCAGCGGUAGCCAAGGCAGUGGCGGAUCCAAUCAUUGCGAAGAUCAGGGAGGAUACGCAGGUUUUAACGGAGGACCUAGAGGCCAUUGGAGAAGCGGUUCUAGAGGACGUAGCAGCCAUCAACUUGGACCUAGAGCCGAUGGUUCUGGAAGCCGCAGAACAAGGUAGGGAGGUAAGAGAGGCAGGAGGUGCCCGGUCUAGGAUCCCUAUUCUUAGUCCGGCACCGUCUAAUUCUUCAUCUCAGACUUCCUUCCAAGGGUUUACUGGGAAAAACAUGGCUGGUUCAUGCUCAGUAAUCCCUAAAGUUGAACAAUUAAAAAAGACCUUACCUAAAUCAGGUAAACCCUCAAAGCUGCCUAGACCAUCCAAGUCUUCCUUAUCCACCAAGACAUCGAAAGACUCGGUGGUAGCUACUUCCUCUCACCAUGGGUCGAGAGCAAGGAGCAGCUCGAAAGCCAAGACCCCGGAGGUACCCUUUGAUCCGGUAAGUUUUUCGAGCCAAUUGAUGGAACAAAUGGGUAGCUUAGUCCAAUCUCAGAUUGGAUCUUUAGCUGAUCGCCUGCAGUCGGUAGACACCCUGGCCCAGAGACUGCAAAACCAAGAGUCUUAUGGAGAACCUCUUACGAUCCGGACUGCCUCAACAACAGCAGUACGUGAUCCCGGAUGCCUCUAAGCUCCCGGCGUUCGUGAAAAGCAAUCCCUGGCGAUUGGCAUUACAUGCCCCCUUUAAGGAUGGCAUGUUAACUAUUGAAGGAUUUGGUACCCGGCCGGUAGAAGAUUUUGAAUUCUAUCCGGCAGGACUUAAGUUCCCUUUCCCCGGAUUUGCGCGCUUAACCGAAGAAGCGCUAGUUAGGCUAGACAAGGUUCCUAAGGAAACUGUCAUCUACCCUAAAGAACAAGCACAGUCCGCCUGGGUUCGGACUUUAAAUGAGUGGGAGUGUGUUAACACCAUGCUGACACCCCAUAAAAGCUUGUAUACAAUGUUUGUGGUGGAGGGACAAACUCCAACACCUUGCACCACAAAAAUUGUGGACCUUGCUCUGCAAGCGGCGGUUGAAGACAAACCAAUGCCGCAAUUACGGGAAACAGAUUUGACUUCUCUGCUAUUCCCGGGGGAUCACGAUUGCUGGAUUGAUGCUCCAGCAACGUUUACAACUGUGAAAUUAAACGCUGACUGUGCUUCUACACAGUUUAGCGAACGGCUACCUAGACUCCCCGAUUCCCUGAUAAAGCUUGAAUUUGAGUCGUGCAUGAGACUGAGUAGGUCCAUUAACUCAGCUACUAUGGCAGAAAUGUCUUCCCUAGUAUAUGAAGAGGAACCAUUAUUCAAGAUUUUGACAAAGUCGUUGCUGCAUACGUUACAAUGUGACGCAUACGAUUUUGCGGUAGCCAGACGUAAAUGUCGAAAGCAUGUCUUAGCUGAAGCCUCUAUAAGACAUGAGCCUAAUUAGCUCAUAAAGGCAUCGAUUUGGGGUCCUGACCUGUUCCCGGAGGAUAUGGUGAACAGCGUUCUUAGUGAAGCUGCAAGAGUGAAUCAGAGCCUAAAAGUCCGGUGGGGUCUGAUACCCAAACGCAAAUUCGAACCAUCCGGGAAUCAAGCUAGAGGAAGGAAAAGACCAAGGAAUUUUCAAUCCUUCCAAGGUCAGCAGACUCAACAGGUGGUCCAGACAAUACCAGUGCCACAAGUGAGUCAGCCUUCGACAUCAAAGGCUCAACCCCAACAACAAUACGUGUGGGUUACACCUCAACCACAACAACAAGUAGCCACUACCUCUUUUACGCCUUCCCCAGCCUUUAAUCCUUCCUAUGAAACACAAGGAGUGUUCCAUGGGUAUAAUAGAAAUGCCAGAGGAAGUAGAGCAAGAGGGGCUUUUUGCAACAGAGGCAGCGGAAGAGCCUACACUAGAGGCAGAGGAUUCCGGGGAACCCGGGGGAAUAGAUCCAACACAAACCAGUGAGAUUCCUCAGGUAGGGGGAAGGCUGUAUCUUUUUCGGAACCGUUGGACAUUCAACAAAUGGGCUUACAGCAUAAUUUCCAAGGGUUUGGGGUGGAGUUGGAUAGAACGGCCCCCUCCACCGACCAGUUUUUAUCAACAUCCAACAGAAGAGUUAGUUCUGUAUGCAAAAGAUCUUUUACAAAAGAAUGCAAUAAGAAAGGUAAAAUAUUUGAAAUUUCAAGGUCGCUUGUUCAGCGUUCCAAAGAAAGACUCAGACAAGCGAUGAGUAAUCUUAGACCUGUCUCAUCUGAAUUCUUACAUUCAAUGCGACAAGUUCCAUAUGCUGACCGCCUCUCAGGUGCGGACCUUACUUCUCCGUGGGGCCGUCACCACCUCUAUAGAUCUUACAGAUGCUUACUAUCACGUUCCGAUAGCAAGGCAUUUUCGUCCGUUUCUAGGUUUCAAGUUAGGCAACCAAGCUUAUGCAUUCAAAGUAAUGCCAUUCGGACUCAAUAUAGCACCCAGGAUAUUUACCAAACUGGCAGAAACAGUAAUCCAAGAAUUGAGAACCCGGGGAAUACAAAUAGUAGCCUACCUAGACGACUGGCUUACUUGGGCAAACAGUGUAGAGAAUUGUCUCAAGGCGACAAACAUGGUAAUAAAAUUCCUACAACAAUGGGGGUUUCAGAUCAACUUCAAAAACUCACGUCUAGCUCCAGAAACAAAAUUUCAGUGGUUAGGGUUACAAUGGAACCUAAACACACAUACUCUGUGUAUUCCAGUAAACAAGAGGAAAGAAAUAGCAAGGAAUACAAAAAGUUUUCUCAAGGACAAAAUGACGUCCAGGAGAAACCAAGAGAGAAUCCUAGGUGCUCUCCAGUUUGCCUCAGUAACAGACAUUUUACUGAAGGCCAGACUGAAAGAUAUAAACCGAGUAUGGCGGUCCAAAGCAAACAAGAGGUAUCGAGACAAAAUAGCUCGGAUUCCACCAAUUUUGAGGAAAAGACUUCAGCCAUGGGCAAAAGUCAAGAAUUUAGCAAAAUCCAUUCCAUUAAGGUUUCCACCACCAGCACUGGUCAUACAUACAGACGCCUCUCUAACCGGCUGGGGAGGGUACUCCCAGUACAAGAAAGUCCAGGGACUAUGGUCGAUAACAUUUCGCCAACUUCAUAUCAAUGUCUUAGAGGCCAUGGCAGUAUUCUUGACCCUAAAGAAACUUGCUCCAAAAAGGAAGCAACAUAUCAAACUAGUGCUGGACAGCGAGGUUAUAGUCCAUUGUAUAAACAGAGGAGGUUCCAAAUCGAAUCACAUAAACCAUGUAAUGAUAGCAAUAUUUUCCAUGGCAACAAUGAACCAUUGGCACCUGUCAGCGGUUCAUCUGGCGGGAGUAUGAAAUGUAGUGGCAGACGCACUUUCGAGGACAACUCCAUUGGAAUCGGAGUGGUCACUGGACUUAAAGUCGUUCAAAUGGAUUUCACAGCAGGUUCCAGGUCUCCAGAUAGACCUAUUUGCAACAGAGUCCAAUCACAAACUGAAAUGUUAUGUUGCCCCCAACCUGGACCCUCGGGCUUAUGCCACAGAUGCAAUGUCACUGAACUGGAACUCUAGGGAGAGAAUUUACUUAUUUCUGCCAAUAAACAUGUUAAUGAAAGUACUAGACAAACUCAGAACUUUCAAAGGUCGAGUGGCUUUGGUAGCCCCCAUUUGGCCCAAGAGCAAUUGGUUUCCCCUACUACUGGAAUUGGGUCUCCAUCCUCAACGGAUCCCCAAUCCAAAACUAACACAAGUAGUACAAACUCACAGUGUGUUAGCUUCCUCAAAAAUUCAGAGUGCCCUAACUUUGUGGACUUUAUGAAAUUUGCAGCACAAAAGGACGCAGAAAUUGAUCCUCAAAAUACCCUGUUUUUGGAAUCAGAUAAAAGAGAAUCCACUCUUCGUCAGUAUGAUUCAGCUGUAAAGAACUUGCAAAGUUUUUAAGAGACUCAAAGGUUAAGACGAUGACUAUGAAUCUAGCAGUAACCUUUUUCAGGACUUUAUUUGAAUCAUGCCUAGCGGCCAAUACAAUCACAACAAUUAAAUCAGCCUUGAAGAAGAUUUUCCAAAUUGGAUUUAAUAUUAACCUUACAGAUUCAUAUUUCUCGUCUAUCCCGAGAGCUUGUGCCAGAUUGAAACCAUCAACUCGUCCUAAUACAGUUUCUUGGUUUUUGAAUGACGUACUUAAGUUAGCUUCUGACACUCUUAAUGAAUCAUGUAAUUAUAUAUCACUAUUUAGAAAAACUUUGUUUUUAAUGAGUCUAGCAUCAGGAGCCAGAAUAUCAGAGCUUUCAGCCUUGUCUAGAGAUCCGGGGCAUAUUGAAUUCCUUCCGUCGGGAGAAAUAUUAAUUUCCCCAGACAAAAGAUUUUUAGCAAAAAAUGAGGAUCCUCAGAACAGAUGGUCUCCCUGGAAGAUUGUUCCGCUUCCACAGGAUCCAUCUUUGUGUCCAGUGAGCACUAUGAAAGCAUACUUAAAUAGAACCUCCAAUAAAUCCUCGGGGCCCUUAUUUAUUAGAGAGAAUGGAGGAACCAUUUCCCUGAAAGGAAUCAGGCAACAGAUUCUGUAUUUUAUUAAACAAGCUAACCCAGAAUCAUUUCCACAUGUUCAUGAUAUACGAGCAGUAGCUACAUCCAUUAAUUACUUUCACCAUAUGAAUUUUGAUGAACUUAAAAAAUAUACAGGCUGGAAAUCCCCAGCAGUUUUUAAACGCCACUAUUUAAAACCCUUGGAAGCCCUAAAAUUUGCAACAGUGGCAGCAGGGAACGUGGUUCCUCCUGAAAAUUAUGAACCAUAAUUAUAAGGUCUUGUAUUUACUUUUUCACUUUCUCCUACCUGCCUUACUUAUUAUCCCUACUGUAGUUUUGUAUUUCACCUGGAUUGCACCCUAUGUGAUAUUAGAUUGUAUAUAGAUAUUAGCUUUAUAGCAUUUUGUACAUCUUGUUAAUUUCUGUCAUUUUCAAGAAUUUUGGAACUCAUUAUAUUUUAUAUAAUGAUGUUUAUUUU